AUGGAUAAGCCACACAAUAUACACGACAGUAUACAAAAGCUAUCUACUAUUUUGCACUCGCAGAUAUGUGAAGCAGAUGCCCAGAUCAAGUCGUUGGAGCAGAAUGUUCAACUACUAUCCCGGGGCCAGGUCGUUAGUGAUACUACGGAACUAGAAGAUGAUAUUCCAUCAGAUGACGAAGAUAUAUUCAUCUAUGAGUUGGAAAAAUCUCGCCUCCAACUUGUCAUGGAUAUUCAGGAAGAGAAUUACAUUUCGCAAAAGCUCAAGGAAAUGGUCGGCGAGUGCGAGACAUUAAUGUCAAGUGUCAAGAGGUACUACAACAGCUUUCACAAAAGCAGACUGCAAGAAACUCUCGGGUAUGAGGUAAAAGAAUUCGAUGGUACAGCACUAGAACAAAUUAAGAAUCUAUUGCGUGUCAACACUUCCAGAUUAGAAGCAUCACAGUCUGCACUCUACAAUAACGCCAUGAAAGUACUAGAGGUAAUCGAGUCCGAGGAAACCCAUUUGCUCGCGCCAAAGUCUCAAGAGGCUCUUUUAAAAGUGAUCCAACAAUUGAAUAAAAAGUUCAAUGAUCUUACCGAGAAAGGCGUAUAG